UGAACACUCCUACUCCUGGAGAUAUAGAAUAGAGAUCUGCUGAAGUUGGAACCCUAAAACUGUACGAAUGGGCAGAAGAAGAGGAAGAUAUCCAUCUUCGACGCUUUCGGCGGCAGUAGUUAACGCCCGAAUCGCAAGCUGUGGAGUCGGCCAUCUCUCUCCCGAGGACAUUGCCAACCAUCUCCACAAUGCUUACGUCGAUUACAAGAAAUUCAAACGCAACCCCUUCGUCCUCAAAAUUACACAAAUCCUCAAACACCAACACCUUCAUGACACUGACGUAUGUGUUCCGAAGCAGCCAAAGAAGAAGCGAAAGCGUGUCGCUGAUGCUUCGGCUUCUGAAAUUUCGUCCGUCAGUGGUAGUGAUGGUGACGAUGUGAUGAAAUCUAUGCUUAGGGCUGGAUAUUACAGAGAUAAAAUACAUGAAUCAAAAUCGAAAGAGAUGAAUUUGGAUAUGAAGGUCUUAAAGAAGGAGAAAAGCGAUGAGAAUUCGACAGAACCCCAAGCUAAUAGUACUAAUAGUACUAAUUAUAGUGAUGAGCCUCCUCCUAGGUUUAGUGAUUUUGGAGGGAUUAAGAAAGAGCUACAAGAAUUGGAGCGUGAAGUGAUUCUGCCUUUACAAAACCCCAAGCUACUGCAAUGGCUUAACGUGAAGCCUGUUUCCGGCAUUUUGCUUCAUGGUCCUCCCGGUUGUGGAAAGACUCGCUUAGCUCAAGCCAUUGCCUAUGAGUCUGGCUUGCCUCUUUUUCAGAUUUCUGCCUCCGAACUUGUGUCUGGUGUCUCAGGUGCAUCGGAGGAGAAGAUUCGGGAGCUCUUCUCUAAAGCAUACAAAACUGCUCCCUCAAUUGUUUUCAUUGAUGAGUUUGACGCAAUUGGUUCUAAACGAGAAAGCACACAUAGUGGGAUGGAGCGACGGAUUGUAACUCAAUUAUUGACAUGCAUGGAUAAAUCCCGUAGGCUUGUAAAGUGUGAUAGGGGACCUGCUAAUUCUGAACCUCUUGAGAGAUUAGGCUGCUAUGUUCUUGUUAUCGGAGCUACCAACAGACCAGAUGCUCUUGACCCUGCAUUGAGGAGGCCUGGGAGAUUUGAUAACGAGAUUUUACUAGAUAUUCCCGAUGAAGAUGCCAGGGCUGAGAUACUCUCCUUAUUGACGAAGAAUACAAAGCUUGAAAGUCAAGUUGAUGUGACAAAAAUAGCCAGGGAAACUCCAGGUUUUGUUGGUGCCGAUUUAGCAUAUUUGGUUAACAAGGCCGGGAUUAUUGCCAUGAAUAGGCUCAUUGAUCAAAGAAAGUUGGGGAUUUGUAAUCACUUGGAGGAUCAGCGGUUUGAAUCGCAUGAAGAUAUGGAAAAACUAAGAAUUUCAAUGGUGGAUUUUGAGGAGGCAACUAAAGCGGUGCAACCCUCUUUACGAAGAGAAGGCUUCUCUGAAAUCCCAACUGAGACAUGGGAAGAUGUUGGAGGGCUGAACGAGUUGAGAAAGGAUUUUGAACGUCAUAUUGUUGGGCGUGUAAAAUACCCUGAACUUUAUGAGAAAGUUGGAGUGACAUCGGCGACAGGCUACUUGCUUUUUGGCCCUCCUGGCUGUGGCAAGACUUUGAUUGCCAAGGCUGUUGCUAAUGAGGCUGGAGCAAAUUUUAUGCACAUUAAGGGCCCUGAACUUUUAAGCAAAUAUGUUGGUGAGAGUGAAUUGCAUGUAAGGAUUUUAUUUCAUCGUGCAAGAAGUUGUUCUCCAUGCAUACUCUUCUUUGAUGAGGUUGACGCUUUGACAAGGGAGCGUGGAACAGAAGGGGGACAGGUUGCUGAACGACUUCUGAACCAGCUUUUGAUUGAGCUAGAUGGUGGUGAACAUCGUCGGGGUGUUUAUGUAAUUGGUGCUACAAAUCGGCCUGAGGUGGUGGAUCGUGCACUUUUGAGGCCCGGGAGAUUUGGAAAACCAUUGUAUGUCCCUCUACCAAAACCAGAUGAACGUGGUCUAAUACUAAAAACUCUGGCCAGGAGUAAACCAGUAGAUGCGAGUGUGAAUUUACUUGACCUGGGGAAGAGCGAGAUUUGUGAAAAUCUGAGUGGUGCAGACCUUGCCGAUCUGAUGGAAAAAGCUGCUCUGGCUCUAAUGGAAGAGACACGGCCUUCUUAUGAAGCGGAUCGAAGUGUUUUUGCUGCCACAAAAUAUACUAUCAAGCGUGCCCAUUUUGAGCUAGCACGGAGUAGAGUUUCUCCGUCUGUGUCUGAAGAGGAGCAGCAAAAGCGGCACUAUGAUGAGAUAUCCAAGGGUUUUGGAAGGAAAUAAUUUAUUAUCCAUGACAUCGGUGAUGCUAUUGCUAGGAUGGAUGUUCGGAAAUAUGGAUGCAUGUUGGCUCCUGCAAGGUCUAUAGUUCAAGCUGACGUAUUCUCUUUUUACUGGCUGACUGCCUCCUGUAGUACAACUGAACCACUACUAAUGCUUGGGGCUGAAGCUGAACUCAAAUAGUUGUACACUUGUAAACCUGCAUAACUGCAUUGGCCGUGUACCAAGUUAUUUAGGUGUUAUAACUUAUGUUCGUUCUGCUUUA